AUGGCCACUGUAGCACUGACUACUGCAGAAAGGUCAUCCGAGCGAAUGGACAUUCAUCACUCGGAUGCUUGGCAGGAUGGAGAUACUACGCCAUCACCCGAUAGCCGCGACGAAAAGCAGUUUUUCCAAGAUGGGUUGAACACUGGCGCUCGUAUUCGAGGUGACGGCCGGGUAGACAUUCAUAUCAAUCAGGACAAACCGCACCUCGCAAGGCUAUUGAACCCGAUCCAACGCCCGGAUAUACGUUCUGACCGAGAGACCGAACGAACCUCCAGCACAAAAAGGCCCUGCUUGGAAAAUGUGAAUUUUCCACUGCGCUUAAACCUUGUCAUUCAAGUGAUUGGUUCUCGAGGCGACAUACAACCAUUUGUUGCACUGGGACGAGAAUUGAAAGUACACGGUCACCGAGUCAGAUUGGCCACACAUUUAGCUUUUCGGCAAUUCGUUCUCGAUAGCGAUCUAGAGUUUUUCAAUAUAGGAGGAGAUCCUGAAGAGUUGAUGGCUUAUAUGGUCAAAAAUCCGGGCCUUUUACCGGGAUUGAAGGCAAUACGCACUGGAGACAUCCAGAGGCGUCGGCGUGAGAUGAAAGAAAUAUUCAAUGGAUGCUGGAGAUCUUGCUUUGAAAAGGGUGACGGAACUUACCUUCACCAGAUUAACGAAGACCCGUGGAGUAAGACCUUGGAUUAUCGAAAACGGCCCUUUGUCGCGGAUGCUAUCAUAGCAAACCCUCCUAGCCUUGCCCAUAUUCAUUGCGCGCAACGAUUGGGCAUUCCUCUCCAUAUUAUAUUCACGAUGCCCUGGUCACCAACCCAGUCUUUUCCCCACCCCUUAGCAAAUGUUCACCGUCGCAACUGCAAGCCGACGAUUGCAAAUCUCGUGUCCUAUAAUGUUGUCGAUAUGAUGGUAUGGGAAGGCUUAGGAGAUAUUCUAAACACGUUGCGUAAGAAUACCUUGGCACUCCAACCGCUGGAUACAAUGACCGCCCCAAGUAUACUACACCGGCUACAUGUGCCACAUACGUCUCCUUCAUUAUUACCUAAGCCUCCCGACUGGGCUGAUAACAUUGAUGUAUGCGGCUUUGGCUUCCUUCUAUCGGAGACGAGCUACACACCACCAACGGAAUUAGCUGCGUUUCUCAGUGCGGGAAAAAAACCAAUAUAUAUCGGUUUUGGCUCGAUUGUUGUCGAUAAUCCUGUCAAACUGACGAAGAUAAUAUUUCAAGCAGUUCAGAAAACUGGACAGCGAGCCCUUGUUUCAAAAGGCUGGGGAAACCUGGGAGUAGACGAAGUGCCGGACAAUAUUCUUAUGAUUGGAAACUGUCCUCACGAUUGGCUGUUUCGGCAGGUUUCAUGUGUGAUACACCAUGGUGGUGCGGGCACCACAGCAGCAGGCCUUGCGCUAGGUCUGCCAACGAUCAUUAUCCCUUUUUUCGGAGACCAGCAGUUUUGGGGCAAUAUCGUUGCGCGGGCCGGAGCUGGGCCAGAGCCAAUACCCCACAAAAGUUUGAACGUGCAGAAUCUCUCAGACGCAAUUUUGAAGGCGCUAGAGGUAACUACUCUGGACAGGGCACAGACGAUCGCAAGGAAAAUGCAGGAGGAGUCUGGCGUGCGCCAUGGGGUGAAUAGUUUUUAUCGAAAUCUUGACCCCGAGUCAUCCAGAUGCGCUAUAGUCCCGAAUCUGCCGGCGGCUUGGCAUUUCAAGCAUACUAAAAUCAACUUGAGUGCUUUUGCAGCAAUGGUUCUAGUGAAAUCAGGGAAACUCAGUCCACAUAUGCUGGUCCUUCAUCGUCCGAUGGAAUAUGAUACAUUAAUGGACCCUCCCGACCCGCUUACUGCUAGUGCUCAGGUGCUCUUUGGGGUUAUAAUGAGUUUCAUUACUGGGCUUGUAGAUACGCCAGGAGAGAUUUACCGCGGUCUUUCUUCUGCUGCUCGCGGAAUACGCCAACCCCAUGAACAUUUUGAUCGCCACUCAGCAUGUCGGGCAGCACUUUCUUCGCCGGGUCACUCCUCCCCAGAGAAUAGCCUUGAGAGCGAUGAAUCACCUAUUCAAAAUGCGGUGGGCCAAAUGCUGACUGAGAAUAAUGAACAGGGAGAUAGGGAAAUCCGGGAAGAGAAUAGUACACAAGAAGAUACUACCGAUGAGGAGAAUGAUGACCAAGUCAACGAACUCGAUCGAAUCCGGAGCACAGAGCGCAAAAGGAAUCUCCAGCUCGAAAAAGCCAAAACAAUGAGCAGCUCGAUGACGCCCUCAAAACCACCUAAAUUCACGAUUUUACACGAAACUGCAUUGCACGGAGGUCAAAUGUCGAAGAAAAUAUUGAAGAUAAUCAUCUGGUUACCAACCGAUGUGUCACUGGGUAUGGCUAGAGGUUUCCACAAUGCACCAAAACUGUAUAGCGACCCGACGGUAAACGACAUCCCCCAAGUGGUCAGUCUUCGAACUGGGUUCAGAGCGGCAGGAAAGGAGCUCAAAGACGGAUUUUACUUCGGUAUCACGGGCCUAAUAACACACCCGCGUUAUGGCCUCAAGCAUGAAGGUGCUAAGGGGCUCUUCAAGGGGAUCGGGAAAGCAAUGGGUGGUGUGUUUCUCAAGCCGACAGCAGGGCUAUGGGGCCUGGCAGGGUAUCCCUUGAGCGGGAUAACCAGAGAGAUCAACGAUUCACUGGGCAAGCAUCAAAAAUGUAUGAUUGUUAUGGGUCGCAUUUCGCAGGGAGUCGAAGAGAUGCGAGAGUCCUCGGCCCAGGAAAGGGAAGAGGUAGCUAGGGCUUGGAUGACGAUUGAACACGACUUGGAAAAGUCAAAUAAAAGACACAACUAUUCGCAUGGUUUGGGGUCCGCCCAUGCUGUGGUUAUAUGA